AUGGCUCCUAUGGAAGAGCUGGUCAAGAACGUCCCCAAGGGGAAUGCCACGAAGGACAUUGAAGAAUGGUCCAACGAGGUGGAUGAGGUCACCGCUCAGAUUCGCGGCAUCAUUGACGGUACCAUCACUGACUUCGACGCCUUUGACAAGCAGUUGGCCCUCAAGGAUCGAGCCAAGCAGAUACGCAAGGAGGAGGCCGAGGAGCGACGGUGGAAGUAUCUCUUGAAUGGCGUCGAAGGCAAGGGCGAAGGCAAGAAGUACAAGUGGUGGUGCAAGAGAUGCUUCGUCGAGUACUACAUCGAUUUGCCUGAAGGCAAGUGUACUCGCUGCGGGCAGUCUGACAAGAUGAUGUCCCAAGAGGAGCGGUGGGCCGAACUCCUGGGAAAGCUGGAGGACUUCAAGGAGACCAAGGCAAAGCACAAGUGGAGGAAAGACAAGUGGAAUCGCUGGAAGAAGUCUCAGACCCUCCUUGGCAGGAGCCGCAACAUCAACUACAAAGCCUGGGAGUUCUGGGAGCCGGACACUGAUUCGGAGGAAGAAGGCGACCCUAUUGUGCCGAAGGACAAUCCCGAGUUCAUGGCUAUGGAGGCGGAUCUCAAGGAUCGAAAGAAGAAGCAAGCGGAGAAGGCAAAGACCGCCGAGCGCUGUCGGCAGCGGGGCAAUCAGUCCAUGAGCGAGGGAGACUUCGUCGGUGCCAUCGAGCACUACGACGAGGGCUUGGAGUAUCGAAGAGACCUCAAGGCUUUGUGGACGAACAAGGCGCUGGCAGAACUCAAGGUUUUCCGCUGGCAUGACGCCAUCAGCUCCUGCAACAAGGUCAUCGAGUACGCUGAGAUCUUUGAGGAGGGCUUCCAGAAGAGUGCGGACGCCUGCUUCAAGGCCUUCACGCGCCGAGCCCAAGCUCUUCGGGCUUUGCACAAGUGGGAAGAUGCCCUGAACGAUCUGGAGGACGCUGUUGCCCUGGUGCCUUCGAGUAAAGAAGCGCUGGACCUUCUCGAGAAGACCCGUGCGGCAGCAGAGGAGGCUAAAACGGCCCAGAAGCUCGAAGAGGACCCCAGCUUGGCAGCUCCAGAACCGUCUGCAGCCGAGACGUCUGGACCCGUUCGAGUGGAGAUCGAGGAGAGCGAUGAGGAGCAGGGCGAGGAUGACUCGCUUUCCUUGGUUCCAGCAAGCUCCCAGCCAAGCUUCCUCCAGGGGCUGACCGACCCACAGUUCAAGCAGCUGGAGAAGGACUUAAAGACCAAGGAUUCCGAGCGGAUUCUCUUCUGUGCCAGGAAGGGCGAGGCGACAAAGGCAUACAAGCCCACCCCGGAUCAGUGGGUAGGACGCAAGAUCGACCUCAAGGUGGAUGAUGUGGUAGAACCGUCGAAGCUCGAUAUCGUCCUAAAGGACAUUGACCGCUGCUGCGUACUGUGGCGCAAGCGCCGGAAGGUGGGUGGCUCCCAAGCGCUCCAGGAUGACGAGCCGGAAUCUGUCGAGGCCGACGCUUUCGUCGCCACGGUGACGCCACGCGCUCUGGGCGUCCUCAGUUCCCUGGCUGCUGCCAGUGACCAUCACUGCGCCCUCACUGCAGCAGCGGUUCGCAGCGUGUGGCCCCUUCUGGAAGUGGAGGAGUGGCGUUAUCAGGUCCUUUUUCUGCUCUUCGAAUGGUCUCAGCGGAGCAUCUCCGGCAAAACCAUGGCGGAGUUCGCCGGAAGGUAUCCUGAUCCGCACGUGCAGCUUCUCAUCGACAUGGUGACAAAGGAGUGCUCUCACUGCGAGCUCGCUCGCAAAGCCGCCGACAGAAUCGAGCUGGGCGCCAACGUGGAGGAGGGGGUCCAGGCGACAGAUAGCAGCCGUAUAGGAGCUGAUCCAGAGCAGGUCUUUUCCAGGAUUCUGGACUCCAGACUCGCCGAGCUCUCCUUGCACUACCCAGAGGAAUUUCGACUCUAA